AUGGAAGCGCUCGGACCCGGCCCGCCCGCUCCUACUUCUCUGUUUCAGCCUCCACGGCGUCCCGGCCUUGGCACGGUGGGGAAACCCAUCCGGCUCCUUGCCAACCACUUCCAGGUGCAGAUUCCCAAGAUUGAUGUCUAUCACUAUGAUAUUGAGAUCAAGCCUGAGAAACGGCCUCGAAGGGUUAACAGGGAGGUAGUGGAUACCAUGGUGCGGCAUUUCAAGAUGCAGAUCUUUGGUGACCGACAGCCUGGCUACGACGGGAAGAGGAACAUGUACACAGCACAUCCACUGCCAAUAGGGAGGGACAGGGUGGAUCUGGAGGUCACCCUGCCUGGUGAGGGGAAGGAUCAGACGUUCAAGGUGUCCUUGCAGUGGGUGUCUGUGGUCAGUCUUCAAAUGCUCCUGGAAGCCCUGUCGGGUCACCUUAACGAGGUCCCAGAGGACUCCGUUCAGGCUCUGGAUGUCAUCACGCGGCAUCUGCCUUCCAUGAGGUACACUCCAGUGGGGCGAUCGUUUUUCUCUCCCCCAGAGGGUUACUACCAUCCUCUUGGUGGAGGCAGGGAGGUGUGGUUUGGUUUCCAUCAGUCCGUCCGUCCUGCCAUGUGGAACAUGAUGCUCAACAUCGAUGUGUCAGCUACUGCUUUCUACCGUGCUCAGCCUGUGAUCGAGUUCAUGUGUGAGGUGCUUGAUAUACAAAACAUCAAUGAACAGACCAAACCACUGACUGACUCACAGCGUGUCAAAUUCACCAAGGAAAUAAGAGGCUUGAAAGUUGAGGUCACACACUGUGGUCAGAUGAAGAGGAAGUAUCGAGUUUGCAAUGUCACGCGCAGACCUGCCAGCCACCAGACGUUCCCCUUACAGCUUGAGAACGGCCAGGCCAUGGAGUGCACAGUAGCUCAGUAUUUCAAGCAGAAGUACAAUCUACAGCUCAAGUAUCCACAUUUACCCUGUCUGCAAGUAGGACAGGAACAGAAGCACACCUACCUUCCCCUAGAGGUCUGUAACAUAGUAGCAGGCCAGCGCUGUAUCAAGAAACUUACAGACAACCAGACAUCAACCAUGAUUAAAGCUACAGCCCGCUCAGCCCCCGACAGACAGGAGGAGAUCAGCAGACUGGUCAAAAGUAACAGCAUGGUCGGGGGCCCGGACCCUUACCUGAAGGAAUUUGGCAUUGUUGUGCACAAUGACAUGACAGAGGUGACCGGGCGUGUCCUCCCAGCGCCCAUGCUACAGUAUGGGGGCCGGGUGAGUACAGACACAGGGAGGGACUGUGGCAGGAAUAAGACGGUGGCAACGCCCAAUCAGGGCGUGUGGGACAUGAGGGGGAAGCAGUUCUACGCCGGCAUAGAGAUCAAGGUCUGGGCUGUGGCCUGCUUCGCUCCGCAGAAACAAUGCCGGGAGGACCUGCUCAAGAGCUUCACUGACCAGCUGCGAAAGAUUUCAAAGGAUGCUGGGAUGCCCAUUCAAGGCCAGCCAUGUUUCUGUAAAUAUGCCCAAGGAGCUGAUAGCGUGGAGCCCAUGUUUAAACACCUCAAGAUGUCUUAUGUUGGUCUGCAGCUGAUUGUGGUUAUCCUGCCUGGCAAAACACCAGUCUAUGCUGAGGUGAAGCGGGUGGGAGACACGCUCCUUGGUAUGGCCACCCAGUGCGUGCAAGUGAAGAACGUGGUGAAGACGUCCCCUCAGACCCUCUCUAACCUCUGCCUCAAGAUUAACGCCAAGCUAGGAGGCAUCAACAAUGUCCUGGUACCUCAUCAGAGGCCCUCUGUGUUCCAGCAGCCUGUCAUCUUCCUGGGUGCUGAUGUCACACAUCCUCCAGCAGGUGACGGGAAGAAGCCGUCCAUCGCGGCAGUGGUGGGAAGCAUGGAUGGCCACCCCAGCCGAUACUGCGCCACAGUCAGAGUCCAGACAUCUCGACAAGACAUGUCGCAGGAGCAGCUCUUCAGCCAGGAGGUGAUCCAAGACCUGACCAACAUGGUCAGAGAACUGCUCAUCCAGUUCUACAAGUCAACACGCUUCAAGCCCACACGCAUCAUUUAUUAUCGUGGUGGUGUGUCUGAGGGGCAAAUGAAACAGGUAGCAUGGCCAGAGCUGAUAGCCAUCAGGAAGGCCUGCAUCAGUCUAGAGGAGGAUUACAGGCCGGGCAUUACCUACAUUGUGGUCCAGAAACGUCACCAUACUCGUCUCUUCUGUUCUGACAAAGCCGAGAGGGUUGGGAAGAGCGGUAAUGUUCCGGCUGGCACCACAGUGGACAGCACCAUCACGCACCCGUCCGAGUUUGACUUCUACCUGUGCAGCCAUGCUGGGAUUCAGGGAACCAGUCGCCCCUCCCACUACCAUGUCCUGUGGGAUGACAACUGUUUUACAGCCGAUGAACUGCAGCUCCUCACCUACCAGCUGUGCCACACCUACGUCCGCUGCACGCGUUCGGUUUCCAUCCCAGCCCCGGCCUACUAUGCCAGGCUGGUGGCUUUCCGAGCCCGCUACCACCUGGUGGACAAAGACCAUGACAGUGCUGAAGGCAGCCACGUCUCAGGCCAAAGUAACGGCAGAGACCCCCAGGCAUUGGCAAAGGCAGUUCAGAUCCACUAUGAUACCCAGCACACGAUGUACUUUGCCUGAACUAGCCUGUCAGCCAGUCCACUUGUGGAUCCCCUUUUUAUUUUUAUUUUUUUAAAUUCAUCUACCCCAUUCCUCCUCUUCCUUCUCCCCUCUCUCCUUGUGGUCUCUUCUCUUCAUACUCACUCUACAUUUUCUGAAUAUGUACCAAAGCGGCUCAUGGAGGGGGUAUCUGCUGCGUCCCAGCGUCCAGCAGGCUCUGUUUCAUGGAACAAUCUCCAACCAGCCGCCCAAUCAAGCCGCCUUUUUAACCAGCAAUCCAGCACUGCAAACCCGGAGGGUUUACAGCGCACAAAAGAAGAAAAAAGCGAAAAAACAAAAACAAACCAUACACACAUAACUACAAGUUGAGCCAUUAUUUUGAGUUUGUUUUUGUUUUUUCUAUUUGAAUGUCUGUACUCGUGUUUGUAAGAUACACUGAGCGAGAGAGCGGGCGGGCACGAACAGUGUCCGCCCGCCUCUUUAGCUCUCCCAGCUAAGCAGGACUCUUAUCUACUUUUACCUCAAAGCCCUUUUGGGCAAAAUCUGUCACAAGGUCUUGGGUUUAUCGGGUGGUGGGGAGGGAACUCUACAUGAACAGAGAUGGAGGGGAGUUGACCUUUUGAGAAUGAUAUCUAUAUCUAUUUUCCUUUUUAUGAGCGUGUGUUUUAACUUUUUCUCCUUUUUCGGUCUUUUACAAGCGA